AAAAGACGCGCAGUAAAAACUAGAACCCUGCUCGUGCUCCAGCUUUCCGAAUUCUGAGAUCCGACACCCGACGGCGUCCUCAGCGGCUUUCUCUUCUCUACUUCGCGCACGGAACAUUUUCCCCUUCAUCUUUCAGUCUCGCAGGAGAGGAUCUUUAUAGGGCUUUGCGGCUUCAUUGAAGGUUCUUCUACUUGGUCUUAAUUCCGUGGAGAUUUGAUGCUUUAGGGAUUUUGAGAUGAGCAAUCUUUCAAAUAUUUUCUCUAUUCUGGAAGUGGAUGCUGAAGAUGAUAAAGAACAGAUAAUUUCUAUCGCAGUUGCCAAAGAUGCAAAAAAGGAUAAAAAAUCAGUACUUCUCCUAACAGAUGUGACAAAGACUAAAAAUCAAAGGCCAAGGGAAAAUACAAACACGAGAGAUGAUAAAGUAGAACAACAAACAUUUGCAUCACCUUCAGAAGACUACAGAAUGCCUCUUGUGUGGAUUGACUUGGAAAUGACAGGUUUGCAUAUUGACGUUGAUCAGAUAUUGGAGAUUGCAUGUGUUAUAACAGAUGGUAAAUUAACCAAAUCAGUUGAUGGUCCAGAUUUGGUUAUUAAACAACCAAAAGAGUGCUUGGACAAGAUGGGAGAAUGGUGUCGUGAUCAUCAUGCAGCAAGUGGUUUGACAGAGAGAGUGUUAAAAAGUACAGUAACAGAAGCAGAUGCGGAAAAUCAAGUUAUAGACUUUGUGAAGAAGCAUGUGGGUUCACAAACUCCACAGUUGGCUGGAAAUUCUAUUUAUAUGGAUUUUCUCUUCUUGAAGAAGUAUAUGCCUUCUCUGGCUGCCAUGUUUUCUCAUGUGCUAGUUGAUGUUAGCAGCAUUAUGGCUUUAUGCAUCCGUUGGUUUCCAAAAGGUAAUGCAUCAGAUACCAUUUAACUGUGUUUUAUGGGUCAUAUUAUUUUGGAUAUUUUUUCCCUUUUACAAUUUAGAUGCUUCUGAAAGCAUGGUUUUCAUGGCCACAAUGAUAAUGUUCAAUCUCAUUCUGUCUAAAUGUUAUAAUAAGCAGCUGAUUUAUUCUAGUCAAGAUUUAUGGGAGCAAACACCCAUGCAUUUACCCACUACACCAACCCGUGGGGUAGAAUAGUCAAGAUUCAUAAUGCAUACGCAUGUGGUUCAAGGAAAAUAUUUGUCUAUUUAAUGAGCACAAUUCAGGAUAUUAAUAUCAUAACC